AUGGCGACGCUAACCUCUGGUGGCGCAUAUAUGUGGUCGCUGAAGGACACGCGGGUUCACGACGCGUUCGGGGGCGCUCAGGAUGAGUUCGAGAGCUAUUUCUUUACGGUGGAGGCGGUGACCGAGAUGGGCUGGAGGCACCUCCACGACGCAGCG